AUGUUGAUUAGAUUUGGAGUGAUUCUUCUGUUAGUUUAUCACUCGUCUUGUACUAAUUUAACAGCUGACGAUGAGACUUGGACUUGGGCACAAAAAGUUUAUAAUAAUUCUAGAAGUACUACUACAGCUGCUCCAUCCGAAAUUGAGGAAGUCGAUUUAGAUCCCACAGAUGACGAUCCAACGGAAGCCUGUCUUCUGCCUAAUGGACUCCAAGGAGUAUGCGUGCCUUAUUAUCUAUGCGACUCUGAUACCAAACAGAUAAUACAAGAUGGUACUACAUUAAUCAAUUUCAGAGGAGGGCAAUGUCUUUCAUACCUUGAUAUCUGCUGUAAGAUGGAACAUAGCAGACCUCCACAGGAUACCAUGACUACUCCAAUCCCAAUUGAUAAGUUUACACAAGACAAAAUGUGGACCAAACCAGUUUCAUCUCCGUUAAGGCCCGCUGCUCCAUCCGUUGAGGAAGUCAAUUUUCUUCCCGUAGCUGAAGCUAAAGAAGCUGUAGCUGUAUCAAUCGAGAUUAAAGAUAAAUGUGGUUGGGAAGAUUCUGGACUAUUUCUCUUUCGGAAAAACACAGAAGAUCCACAAAUUUAUGCAGACUUCGGACAAUUCCGGUGGAUGGUCGCUAUUAUCAAGAAGAAGAGGAAAGUAGAAGCUUGGAAUUCAGAGGAUUAUAUCGGGGGUGGUUCAAUCAUUCAUCCAUCUGUAGUAAUAACAGCUGCUCACAAAGUGUAUAAGAGAAGACCUCGUGAGCUCAAAUGUCGUGGAGGAGAGUGGGACACUCAGACAACAAAAGAAAUGUUUAAAUUCCAAGAGCAGGACGUCACCAAAAUAAUUGUGCACCCACAAUUCUAUAAUAUAUCACUAUACUACGAUGUCGCUCUCUUGAUUUUAAACGCUCCUUUUGAUCUGCAACUACCCCACAUGGGGAUAGCGUGCUUAAACAGAGUUUUGCCUCCUCCAAAAACACAGUGUUAUUCAAUGGGAUGGGGGAGAAAGUUCAAUCAAACGGGAGAAUAUGCUGUCAUUUUGAAAAAGAUAAACCUUGCUUUAGUGGCUCCUCAAGAUUGUCAGAGCAGGUUACGAAAAAGUAGACUAGGUCCUUUCUUUACGCUUCAUUCAUCUUUAACCUGUGCUGGGGGAGAAAAAGGGGUUGACACGUGCGACAAAGACGGGGGAUCUUCACUAGUCUGUCCUAUUGGGAGUGAUGAAAAUAAUGUAAGAUACGCAGUAGUGGGCAUUGUCUCCUACGGUAUAGGCUGUGGAGUGGAAAACCGUCCCGGUGUAUACGUCAAUGUACCGCAGAUAUACUCGUGGGUCGACGAAGUCAUGAUGCAAGAGAAGUAUGAU